AUGCCAAAACUGAAUAGCAAUUGGGAUAUCAACUAUGCUAAAACAGAGGAAACUGAAGACUACGAAGAAUAUUAUGAUAAAGAACCUGUUUAUGUUUCUCAAAAUUCUAGACUCUGCUCUUAUUCUAUAAAAAAAAAAGAAGCAAGACAAAAACAGUCAGAAUCACAAAAAGAACAUAUCUUAAGGAGCAACCCAAAAAUCAGUAAGAAUUGA